AUGGAAACCUCAGACGUAACACUCUUUCUGUGUUCUUUCCUCGUCACCUAUUUCUUCGCACAAAUGCAAGAAGCCAUGUCGCGCAUCGGUCUCACCCUCGGUUUUUACGGCGGUAUUGCUGUCCUAGGCUGUAUGUAUCAACUUCUAUUUAUGCCCGAAACCAAGAACAAGACACUGGAGGAAAUUGAUAUCCUUUUCAGUCAACCGACUGGACAGUUGGUCAGGGAAAAUUUCAGGAGUGUGGUUGUCACGGGCAAGGACUUCUCGUGUGGAAGGUGGGGGAAGGUUUUGUCGCCCGUCAGCGAGAGCGACAUCUUGAGGAAAGAGAAUGGGCAUAAGAGUCAAUGGAUCCACAAACUCAGCACCAGGAGUUGA